AUGGCUUUUGCACGGGAUCCAAUUCUGCUUGCUGAGUUGUCCAAAUGGUGUAAGGAAGUGGACAUUGAGGAGAAUCAUGGCAUACUGUUAAUAGGAGUGCCUGCUAAAACUGAUGUGGCGUUUAUAGAAGAGACAGUGCAGACUGUAAAAGCUUUUGGCAGGGUUCAAGUCAUUGAUCCAGCUCGCAUCCCACCAGAAUUACUGCCCGCUGAAGGAGAGGAAGCUUGGAAGGUAGUAGUGGCUUUAGCUGAGGUGCCCAUUUCAGAAUUCUCACAGAAACUAUCCAAGUUCUUAAGUGAAGAGGGAAAAUCUAUGUCUGACUUGCAAGCUCUAUUCACUCAGUCUACCUCUACUGCUAGUUCUCCUGAAUCUAUCAUACGUGCCGUGGGUGAACUAUUGGAGAAAACCUCCAAACCAUCGACUGAUGCUAGUGCUUAUCGCAGAUUACGUACCUUUUCGGGUACUGUUCCCACGCCAACAGGAGAGGAAAGUUUGGAAAACUGGAUGGAACAAGCCAGAUUGAUGACUGUAGAGUGUGAAUGUUCCGAAAAGGAGAAAAGAAGAAGAAUAAUGGAGUGUUUAAAAGGCCCAGCACUGGAUAUUGUUAAGGCUGUGAGAUUUUCAAGUCCAGAUGCUAGUGCUUUGCAGUAUCUGGAUGCCUUGGAGAAUACUUUUGGAACAUUUGAAUCUGGAGAGGAUCUCUACUUUGCUUUCCGUCUUCUUCGACAAUCACCAGGAGAGGCAUUGUCUGAUUUUCUGAGGCGAAUAGAGAAAUCUUUAACUAAAGUGGUUCAGAGAGGAGGAUUGGCACCACAGUUAAUUGGACAGAGUGAGGAUUGA